ACGAUAUUGCAAAAUAAAUUGUCAAAUACAUCGAAAUUGAUAGGCGGUGGACGUGAAACGAGUGGAGAGUAUAUGUGCAAGUGUGUAUGAGUGAAGAAACUCACGCGUGGUCCUCUCGCAAUUACUGUUUUAAACACAGAAAAUGGAGAACGAAACUGAGUACUUCCAGACCUACCCUGGCAUCUUCUUCAUGGCACGAAAAGGUAAAGGGAAAAAGAAGAAGAAAGGAAAAUCAGGCAAAAAGGCAAAAGACAACAAUGGAGAUAACAAAAGCGAAUCAGAGACCUUAGAAUCGGUAGAAGAUCCAAUCUUAACGGAUGAAAAUGGCAGUGGGGCAGAUGAAACAGAAGAUGAUUCUAAUAAGUCUGUAAUUUACCGAGCAAAUGCCGAUGAAUCAGCUGAUCUCAAUGAAAACCGUGUAUCUACUGACGCCAUGAUGUCUGUGGCACCAGAAUACCAAAACGCACCUGAAAAAGUAAAAUACAUAAAUGAUGAAUAUGUAGAAACUCUAGAAAGUAACGUAGACAAAUUACAAAUUGAAGAAGAAUCCGUAUUUGAGAAUGGAGAAAAUAAAUAUACACGGAUCAACACAAGGGCGUUGCCGAAAGAAGCGACAACGUAUGAAUUAGAGAAUUUUAGUAAACAUGCAAUGAUUAUUUUUAAUCAGAAGGAAAUUGAUGGACAUCUGCCUCGGCUUGGAACUGAAAAAGACGUUGAGGCUUUGACUAGGACCUUUACCAAUUAUGGUUUUGAAGUGACUCCACACAACAAUUUGACCAAAGAUGAGUUGUUUAAGGAAUUGAAAACAUUUAGCGAGAAGGACUUCACAGACUAUGGCUGUGUGGCGGUGGCCAUCUUGACUCACGGCUCCAAUAACGGCCUGCUGAGGGCAAAAGAUCAGCAGUACAGCGAGAUUGAAGUGAUCAACCAUUUCAAGGACUCCUCCAAGCCUACCCUGGUGACCAAGCCUAAGAUAAUUAUCAUUCAGGCAUGCCGUGGUACGAAGAUCACACAAGGACAACUAGUCUUCCACUCUGGGAAGAUCAGGAAAGACGUGGAUGAAGAGGAUCUAGAGCCUUACAUCCUGCCUGUGGAGUCUGACCUGCUGAUCCUGCAUAGUUCCUAUGUUGGCAGGGCUUCACAUAGAAACGAGCUCUACGGCUCCUGGUUCAUCCAGACCCUAUGCAAGAAGAUAGACAGCCUCUCUCCAACCCAGGAUCUGGAAUCCAUUCUCACAGAAGUCAAGAGAGAGGUGGCAAUCGACAAGCAACAUGAAGAAUACAACAAAAGGACAUUUGAAAUGAACGUGAACAAGCAAAUGCCAGUAUUGACGUCCACUUUGAUCAGAAAGCUGUUCCUGAAGAAGUUUGGGGAGAAAGGAAGGAAGGAGACGUAUGUGGACCAGUCGAGAAGGCCCAGCGAGUCGCGGCAUGAAGUAUUAGAUGCCGUCAAUGUCAGCUCAGUGCCCGUCACACCCUUGCUGGUUCAGUUCGGACCUUGCUCCUGUUUUCUGGACCAUUUCGUCUAUAUGAGGGAUUGUUUGAGGUACUUUGUCGAAGAAAAUCCAUGCGACGAAACUGCCCAAAACUUCUUGGACGUUGCGAACACAUUCGAAGAUGGCGUUGAAUUCAACACUGCUAAGGACAAAAUGUGUAAAGCUAUCAGCAAGCAUUUGAUGAACAAUGCCCGAUCUAGCAAGUAUUAUAGAUUCCUCUAUUUCUAUAAUUCGCAACAAAACUCUCAAGUGCAAAAUACACCACAGCCGUAUUAAGCUUUUGUAGCCGGUAUAUAAGACAAAAAUACAAAAUGCAUUGUGUCUCGCGUGGAUCUGCGUUCAGCCACACAAUGGGUUAAUAAAUGGGGCAAAUUGUUUUAAUUUGGUGGUAGUCCGGAGGUUUAGCACGCCCGCUUCUUAUGCACGAGGGUGCUGGGUCGAAACCUACUAACGGCAAGUACCAAUGUGACUUUUUCCGAGUUAUAAUGUCCUUUCUAACAUUAUUUAGACACCACUGACAAACGGUGAAGGAAAACAUCGUGAGGAACCUGAGAUAAUUUCUAAUUAUAAUUUUGAAAUCGAUAACCCGCAUUGAGCAAGCGUGGUGAUUGAUGCUCAAACCUUCUCCGUGUGAGAAGAGGACUUUGGUCUAGUGAGCUAAUAUAUGUACUGGUGGCAACUUAUAGGCUGUUUAUGUUUAUAUGUUUUAAUUUUAAUAAUCUCUCUGAUUAAAUGUAAUCGUAAGA